UGUGGGCAAAACAAGUGUCGGCCGCUCUAUAGCCAAGUCUUUGGGCCGAGAAUUUCAUCGAAUAUCUCUGGGAGGAGCGUGUGAUCAGGCGGAUAUUAGAGGCCAUCGCCGGACAUAUAUCGGUUCAAUGCCCGGAAGGAUAAUACAAGGCUUGAAAACUGUUGGCGUAAAGAAUCCGGUGUUUCUUUUGGACGAAAUCGACAAAAUGGGGUCUGGCAUUCACGGCGAUCCGGCGUCCGCUCUGCUCGAAGUGUUAGAUCCGGAGCAGAACUGCUCAUUCACUGACCACUAUCUCAACGUUCCCUUUGAUUUAUCUCAAGUGCUGUUCAUUGCGACCGCAAACACGAUGUCUACAAUACCGGCCGCUCUAUUGGACAGAAUGGAAGUGAUUUCACUCUCCGGUUAUACACACGAAGAGAAGCUUCACAUCGGAAGACAUCAUUUGGUGCACAAACAGUUGGGAGAACACGGACUCACAUCUAACACACUGGUCAUUACGGACGACGCGUUGGCGGCACUCAUCGCCAAAUACACUCGUGAGGCCGGCGUUCGUAAUCUCGAGAGAAAGAUCGGUGCCGUCUGUAGGGCUGUGGCCGUCAAAGUUGUUGAACACAAUCGACUCAAUAAUAUAUCGCUCGAAAGCGACGAAAACCUAUUGACCAAC